AUGUUGUAAUUCUGCAUCUAUAUCCAGUAUCGGUCUCCUCUGAAGUCCUCAGUUCUUCACUCUCCUUCAGCUCUGGCGGCUUCUGAUCCCAGAACUCUUCUCCUUCCGCAUCCCAUCACGUCUCCUAGUGAUUCUGUCCUUCCCACCCCGUAGUUGCCAUGACGGUGAUGGCUGGGGACAAUAUGGACGAGACUUCUGCUUUGCCGGGCCAUCCCCAGGACAGUUAUCGACCUGGGGCACACGAUGACCACGAAUGUUGUGAGAGGGUUGUGAUCAACAUUGCUGGCCUGAGAUUUGAGACGCAGCUGAAGACUCUCGCCCAGUUUCCCAACACUUUGCUGGGUAACCCCAAGAAACGCAUGCGAUACUUUGACCCCCUGAGGAACGAAUAUUUCUUUGAUCGGAACCGGCCCAGCUUUGAUGCCAUCCUCUAUUACUACCAGUCUGGAGGGCGGCUUCGCAGGCCUGUUAACGUGCCUCUAGACAUGUUCUCGGAGGAGAUUAAGUUUUAUGAACUGGGAGAGGAGGCCAUGGAGAAGUUCCGGGAAGACGAAGGUUUUAUCAAAGAGGAAGAGAGGCCCCUGCCUGAGAAGGAGUACCAGCGGCAAGUGUGGCUGCUCUUUGAAUAUCCCGAGAGCUCUGGGCCAGCUCGGAUCAUUGCAAUAGUCUCUGUAAUGGUGAUCCUCAUUUCUAUAGUGAUCUUUUGCCUGGAAACUUUGCCAGCAUUGAAAGAGGACAGGGAGUAUAUGGGACCCCGAAACCGCAGCGACAACUCUACAGUGUAUUACAAGUCCAAUAUCUUCACUGAUCCCUUCUUCGUGGUGGAGACUCUGUGCAUCAUAUGGUUUUCUUUUGAAUUGGUGGUGCGCUUUUUUGCCUGUCCCAGCAAAGCUGAGUUCUUCAAGAACAUCAUGAACUUCAUUGACAUAGUAGCCAUCAUCCCAUACUUCAUCACUCUGGGUACAGAGAUGGCUGAGCAGGAGGGGCCUCAAAAGGGGGAGCAGGCCACUUCUCUGGCUAUCCUGAGAGUCAUCAGACUGGUAAGAGUCUUUAGAAUCUUCAAACUCUCCAGACAUUCUAAGGGCCUCCAGAUUUUGGGACAAACCCUCAAGGCGAGCAUGAGGGAGUUAGGGUUGCUAAUCUUUUUCCUCUUCAUUGGGGUGAUUUUGUUCUCCAGUGCGGUGUAUUUUGCUGAAGCUGAGGAAUCUGGCACCUAUUUCGACAGCAUCCCCGAUGCUUUCUGGUGGGCAGUGGUAACCAUGACCACUGUAGGAUAUGGUGACAUGUACCCUGUGACAAUUGGAGGCAAAAUCGUGGGCUCCUUGUGUGCCAUUGCUGGUGUGCUGACAAUUGCCCUGCCUGUACCUGUCAUUGUGUCCAACUUCAACUACUUCUACCACCGAGAAACAGAAGGGGAAGAACAGGCUCAGUUACUUAAAGUUAGCUCUCCUAAUUUAGCAUCUGACAGUGAUCUGAGUCGCCGUAGCUCCUCCACAAUCAGCAAAUCUGAGUACAUGGAAAUUGAAGAGGAUAUGAAUAAUAGCAUAGACAAUUUUAGAGAGGCUAACCUCAGAACUGGCAACUACACCAUAGCCAACCAAAACUGUGUUAAUAAAAGCAAGCUGCUGACUGAUGUUUAAAAAACAUGUAGAAAAGAGAAACAUUGGCAGCUUGAAGACUUUAAGUGACCAGCAGUCACACUUUGUAGAUGCUUUACUCUUCGAAUGCUUUACCUCGUAAAUGCAUUGUUGCAUUGCGAAAUUUUGCUCAGCGAUUCAAUAAGCUUUCAGGAUCCAUGAAAGAAUUUCACUUUUCCUUUUUGUUUUCUUUUAAAAAGGGUAUUUUCCAAGUGGUGGAAACGGUUACUUAUAACUCUUUGGACUAGCCUAAGUUAUAAAUAGAAAUUGUACGCUUCUAGCCCUAGACAUUUCCCCAUAACUUUUAAGUUUCCAACCGUUUUAAAAAAAUCAGCUCAAGAGGACUCUAAAAAAAAUAAAAUACUUAAAAUAUGCAUGGAUUCAAGGAAACGUUUCUACAAAACUGCACAAUGCAUCCAAGAAAAUGCACCCAAAAAUAUUCAGCAGUAAUGUGCAGUAAGUAUUUGUCAUUCUUUAGACUGACCGACAUAUACAUUUCCUUCCUUUGUGAAAAGUUUUGUAGUUCUGAUCUACAGAUUCACACACAGCACCUUAUGAAAAUAUGCCAGGUUUUU